AUGUAUUGUUGCAGCGGGCAGCAAAGUAAAAUGGACUACAAGCGUCGCUUUUUGCUCGGCGGGUCCAAGCAGAAAGUCCAACAGCACCAGCAGUACCAGAUGCCUGAGUUAAGCCGGACCCUUAACGCCUCGCUGGCCUCAUCCUGUUCGGCCUCCUCCAUGGGCGUUCCCGGCGGGUGCCACCCGCCCGCCGCCUCCUCCACAGCAGUGGCCGACAUCCAGCAGGGCAUCUCCAAGUAUUUGGACGCCCUCAACGUCUUCUGCCGGGCCAGCGCCUUCCUUACCGACCUGUUCAGUAGCGUGUUCAGGAACUCUCAAUACUCCAAAGCAGCUAUGCAACUGAAGGACGUGCAGGAACACGUCAUGGAAGCGGCCAGCCGGCUGACGGCAGCCAUCAAGCCGGAGAUCGCCAAAAUGCUCAUGGAGCUUAGCGCUGGGGCCGCCAACUUCAAAGAUCAGAAUGACUUCAACCUGCAAGAUGUUGAGGUCUUGGGUCGAUGCUUCUUGACGGUGAUGCAGGUACACUUCCAGUUCCUUUCGCAGACCUUGCAGAAAGUCCAGCCUGUGGCCCAGUCUUGCCUGGCAGAGGCUCUGGCGCAGGCUCAGGAGCGCUCGGCCAACGCUCGGGCUCAGAGUGCCGAGCUCGGGGCACUAACGGAGCUGGAGGAGGCCUCCCGUUCAUGGAAAGGUGCAGCUGAGGCCACAUCAAGGCUACGGGAGAGGGGUCGCGAUGGCUGCCUGGCAGGCCUCCAGGUCCAGCAGCUCUUCUGUUCACACAACACGAACAUCCCGGAGCACCAGCUGAAGGAGCUCAACAUUAAGAUUGACACCGCUUUACAGGCAUACAAGGCAGCACUGGAGAGCCUGGGCCACAGUGAGUAUGCGCUAAAGGCUGGCUUCCAUUUCAGCCCCAAGUGCGUGGAGGCAGCCUUGCAGGGCUGCUGCAGCGAGGCUGAAGCACAGCAGGCUGGUCGAAUGCAGACCACCUCCCAGCCUAUCCAACGCGAGUUGCCUACAAUUCCCGUGCAGAUUGGCACACAUUUUCUUAAGGGUGUGUCUUUCAACGAGUCUGCAGCGGAGAACCUCAAAUUGAAAAUGCAAACUAUGCUGCAGCUCAUUAAGGAGGCACUGGGCCAAAAUGGGGUGACCCCCAGGGAUGACUCCCCUGUCACCGAAGUGCUCAACCAAGUGUGUCCAUCCAGUUGGAGGGGAGCCUGCAAGACUGCUGUUCAGCUCUUAUUUGCCCAGGCUGGUCUGGUUGUGGUGGACACCGCUCAGAUCGAGAACAAGGAGUCAUAUGCGCCUCACAUCACCCUCGAAGGGUCCAGACUGGUGGUCCAGGUUCCUUCCACGUGGUGUCUGAAGGAGGACCCAGCCACCAUGUCCUUGCUUCAGCGUAGCCUUGACCCGGAAAAGACGCUCGGCCUUGUGGAUGUGCUCUACACAGCAGUGUUUGACAUAAAUAGAUGGAAAGAGAGGAAAGAGCAAUCCUUGCCGACGAUCCAGAUUCAACUGCAGCGGGAGAGCCCGGACUUUGCCGGCCAUGCUGAUUUGACACCUGGCACCAGCUCAAAGGCCAGCAGCGGUCUUCCUAAAACCAUCUCCAAGCUGACUUCCAAGUUCACCAGGAAGGUGUCGUCUAGCUCUAACAGCGGCGGAAGCUACUCCAUCCCUAGCACACCGUCCCGUAGCAUGCCAUCGGGUGGCGGCACUGACGACAAAGCCAAGAAUUUGGGCCACAGUGAGAGUCGUCUACACAGCCUGCUACAGAUGGGCGCCCUGUCUGCAGGCCCCGAUGCGGGCGCUCACAACCUGCUGGCUAAUGGUUUGGCGUGUGACGAGCAGGGCAUGAACCUCCCGACUGACCAGGAGAUGCAGGACGUCAUCGACUUUCUUUCAGGGUUCAACAUGGGCAAAUCCCAGCAGGCCUCCCCACUCGUCAAGAGGAGGAACUCUGUGGCGUCAGCCAACCCCGCCGAGCUCAAACCCCCUGCCGGGCCUGCUCCGACGUCCCCGGUUAUAUCUCACGGCGCCCAGCCUCCAACACCCCCGUCCCAACAGCAACAACAACCGCCCACACCUCGCCAGCCUUCCCCCCAAGCACUGCAGUAUUACCAGCACCUCCUGCAGCCCAUCAGCCAACAACAACCACAACAACCGCAAUUGCCACCACAACUCCCUACCCUGCAGCAGAGGGCGGCCAGCAAGUGGCCCGGCUCGUCUGGCCAGCAACCUCCGCCCGGAGGGUUGUCACCCCUGGGUCCCAUCGGCCAGUGGGGCGGCUCCCCAGGGCUGCCAGACUUAAGCUCGGACUUGUACAGCCUGGGUCUGGUGAGCACAUACAUGGACAGCGUCAUGUCUGAGGUGCUGGGCCAGAAGCCCCAGGGGCCCCGCAACAACACCUGGCCCAACAGGGAUCAGAGUGACGGAGUCUUCGGGGCCUUGGGAGACACGCUGCCUUUUGACCCCGCAGUGGGCUCUGACCCAGAAUUUGCGCGUUACGUGGCCGGCGUGAGCCAGGCCAUGCAGCAGAAGCGCCAGGUGCAACACCCACGCCGCCCCAGCAACCCUCGUAGCAACUGGCCCAUGCCUGAUGAACAGCACCGGACGUGGAUGCACCCAGAGUUCUACAGCGAGGGUGAGGCGGUCAGUACCAGCUGGUCGGCCAAUCAGGGAGACUCCGCCAGCUCUAGCGAUGAGACCUCCUCUGCUAAUGGAGACAGCCUCUUCUCCAUGUUCUCUGGACCCGAUCUGGUGGCGGCCGUCAAGCAAAGAAGGAAACACAGCUGUGGUGAGCCAGAAGCGUGCACUUUGCCCUCACCGGCUCUCCAUCAUGUGGCUGAUGACAACCAGGACAGCAAAACGAAAACAUGGCCUCCCAAAGCGCCGUGGCAGCACUCGGCCCACGGCUGCGUGACAGAUCCAACAUCUUCCUUGUACCACCAGAUAAACCUAGCGCCACCAUCGUCGUCUCAGUGGAGCGACUCCAUGCAGAUGCUGCGCUCGCCAGUGUGGGCUGCCGCCAGCGGAGGGGGCGGGGAUUGCUCCCCUUCGUCAGCCGCAGUUUCCUCACCGUUCCCUUUCAGUCAACAGCAACAGCUGAAAGGCAUGAAGGCCUUCAAGUCGUUCCCCCUAAAACACGAGCACAGGUCCUCCUUCCUGCAUCAAUACUGA